AAAAAGUAAAAAUCUCAUUUCAAACUUCUGAACAAAAAUAAAAUAAAAGUUGCAGAUCGACGAGUUUCGAUCGUCUCUCUUCCCUUCCCUCUCUUCCUCGGUUCCACCAUCGCCUUUGGGAGCUCUCUCCCUCUCUCUCUCUCUGCAUCUACAUACCAUUCUGUACAAUUAUCGCCCCCAAUCUGGGCCUGGGGUGGAAGAAUAUCCUCCAGAGUUGGCGUUAUUUGAAGCUAAGAACGCGGGGUUGUGUUGAAGGACGCGGAUCUGAUACGAAACGGAAAUUGAAGCAAGAUGAGCACGGAUCUGGUGGCUGCGCGCACACAUGGGAAUUUGGACGAGCAGAUUGCUCAGCUCAUGCAGUGCAAGCCCUUGUCUGAGCCAGAGGUUAGAGCCCUAUGUGAGAAGGCUAAGGAGAUACUAAUGGAUGAAAGUAAUGUUCAGCCUGUGAAAAGCCCUGUGACUAUCUGUGGUGAUAUUCAUGGACAAUUUCAUGACCUUGCCGAGCUUUUCCGCAUUGGGGGAAAGUGUCCAGACACAAACUAUCUAUUUAUGGGAGAUUAUGUUGAUCGAGGUUACUAUUCGGUUGAAACUGUUACUCUUUUAGUGGCUUUGAAAGUGCGUUAUCCUCAACGUAUUACGAUUCUUAGAGGAAAUCAUGAAAGUAGACAGAUCACACAAGUCUAUGGGUUUUAUGAUGAAUGCCUGCGCAAGUAUGGAAAUGCUAAUGUUUGGAAGAUAUUCACUGAUCUGUUUGACUAUUUCCCCCUGACUGCUCUGGUUGAAUCAGAAAUAUUUUGUCUGCAUGGCGGAUUGUCCCCAUCUGUUGAAACCCUUGACAACAUAAGAAACUUCGAUCGUGUUCAAGAAGUUCCGCAUGAAGGACCCAUGUGUGACCUGUUGUGGUCUGAUCCUGAUGAUCGUUGUGGUUGGGGUAUAUCACCUCGUGGUGCUGGAUACACUUUUGGCCAGGACAUAUCGGAGCAAUUCAACCACACAAACAAUUUGAAGUUAAUUGCUAGAGCUCAUCAGCUGGUUAUGGAGGGAUAUAACUGGGCCCAUGAACAAAAGGUUGUCACUAUAUUUAGUGCGCCAAAUUAUUGUUAUCGCUGUGGAAAUAUGGCAUCCAUUUUGGAAGUUGAUGAUUGCAGAGGGCAUACGUUUAUCCAGUUUGAGCCAGCUCCAAGGAGAGGGGAACCUGAUGUAACCCGUAGAACACCUGAUUAUUUCUUGUAGAGCUGACUGUUGUUGACUCUGGUUGUCUGAAUGAUGGUCAGUUUGAAGUGCUUGCACGCUCUUUCUUCUGGUUUAAGCUUUACAAGUUUCUGGGUCCCUCGAAGAUAUGUGCAAGUGCGAAGAAGGCAUGUUGAAUUGAUAAGGUCCCGUUGCCUAUAUGCUAUACUCUAACCUACUAUAGGUCCCUGGAAAUGGGAAGUUGGGUUAGCAAUGCUUUCUGUAUCAUGUUCUAUAAUUCUUUUAAUUUUGUGCUGUUUUCUACCUUUCUUUUAAUAAUUAUUUUUCUCCUUUGUUUUUCUUUCUCAAUCACUGCCAUUCAAUGGACAGCGUUCUUUAGAAGUAUUGAGGAACUUCUAUCAGUUGCUUGAUCUUAUUAUUCUAGUGAUUAUAUCCUAAUGUCUUUCUUCUUCACCGCUAA